GCAGUAGUUGAGGCCACUCGAUCUGAACAACGCAAGUUGAACGAAAAGAAAGGAAGAUAACGGAUAUCUGGCUGCUUGAGGAUCAAGCACGCUGCUCAUAAUUCAAUGCCACCACUGCCUCGAUCGUCGAAGUUCAUUUCGACGUUGCAAUUCUUGUCGAAACUUUGAAGCCUGGGCCAGCUUAGGAUGCCGAUUCCGCUCCAUGCAAAAGCGAAUUCGUUCAAUAAACGUAUCUGGUAAACAAGGAACCAGAGACUAGCUUUAGUUUUCUCUUCCCAUAGACUUGAGUGCAGCAUGCGUAAAUUCCUGUGCGGUAGUUUAUCCUCGGGACUAUUGUACCUGACAAACAAUGCUUGCAUUAAGAAAUUCUAGCCCAUCGAGAUAGGAGCGUCUGAUACUCUUCGCAGCUCCGAAAUCUCAAUUAGCAUUCUUAAUCCUGAUAAGAUCCAAUUUGAACCUCCUUCUUCGUCCUAAGUGGAGGUCCCAAACACCCUCCUUAGAGGUCGACCUCCACAACUCAUUGGAACAUUCCCAAAUGUGUUGGCCUGAUCAGAAGAUCAAGCAAUAAAGGUCGCCAAGUUCCAGAAAUAAUUGGAUUAUAGGCACAGGGCCAAAAGUGUGUGCUCAUUCCUCGUUUGGUCGUUAUGUCUCGAAAAAAAAAACUGCAACAUAUUUUGGGUUCCCAAUGGCAUUAAAAAACACCCCGCCAUAGUGUCUCUAUGAAAACAAUUAAGAAACUUGUUCAGAAAAUGAAACAACGAUAUUUCUCCAGUUUCAUAUUGUUUACAUUACGAAACAGUCGACGAUGUCAAAAAGUAGUCAGAUUCUCAUUUUAGUUGGAAUCAUUAGUUCUUAGAGCUUACCCUACACCAAGUGAGAUCUGAGGGAAAUUUCGAGGUGCCAACUUUAUAGUGGCUUUAGGUGCUACUGUUCAAAACGAAAUGGUGACCCAAGGCGCCAACGUGAGGAAAUGUGUCCUUCUCUUGACUACCCUAUUCCUGACCAUACAGUUUCUGGCUCUUACUGCGUCAGCUAUAUUCUAUGCUUUCACUAAUUCAGAAGUUCACCGUAACAAGUUGGAAAAAUUCGUUUUCACACGGAUCUACGAUAAAUCUCAAUGGCAGUGGCUUCAUGAAUCAAAAGCCCUAUCGCUCCACGUUUUGAUCGCCAUGGUAAUCCAAAUAUUGUUACUGUUCCCAACUCUUCUCCUCAUAAUUGGUGCAUCCAAGAGAAUGAGGUUCCUCUUGCUACCAUGGCUCAUUAUUUAUGGUAUUCUUCAGCUCUGUUUACUAGCUGGUAUGUUCUUGAGUGUGACUCAUUUGACCGAUGAGAUGAAGUUUCUUUGCCUGGUUUUCGCCGCUCUUGAGGUGCUUAUUGUGUUCCCUUGGUGGUUUUCGGUGAUCCACAUGUUUGCCGUGUUUUCCAACCAAGACGAGGCCGAAGACUUGGGUGUUGCCUACUUCAACGAUCGACAUUCUUUGGGUCAAUGUUCGGCGACCACUCGAUUUAGUGAAAUCUAAGACUCUUUAUUUCAACAUUAUGACAUUCGUAUGAUCGUCGUUUGCACUCUAAUCAAGUUAAAGCGGAUCCUGGAAAUGUCAGCUUUCCGUGUGGUGGUUGAUGACGUAAACUUGUGCGAGUAAGUUGCCAUGAGUGCCAAAUUGAGAAGAGACCAAUCAUUCCAACCAAGUACGUUUUUAACCAACAGCAUUUUGCCAAGUUGCUGCGCUUUUUUUUUAAAUGUUAAUUGGAACAACGUGAUCGCUUCCAAUGUGAGAGUAAAAGUAACGAGAAUCGUCAGCAGUCAAAACUGCAUAUUGGCUCGAAUACCAAAUGACACAUAUUUAGUCAUGGUUUGCAACAGUGGUUGGUUCGAGUUGACUGGGCAUUUGCGAAAGAGCAUUUUCACAUUUAUCAGCAACAACGAGCAAUAGGGAAGAAUUUUUUAUAGCUUCACCAAGGAUUUUGUUCCUUGGGAAGUCGGGGUGAUGGGAUUGAAAACUAAUCUUUCCUUCACAAAGGCUUUUGUUGUGAUCGUGAGGUAAAAAAAGGAGAAGCAAUGACAAUGCCGAAAGGCCGAUAAGAGGGGAAUGAGAGGCAUGAAAUAAAUCAACCCUUAACUCACA